UGUCAGGAGAUAGCUGGUGGCAGCAGGGACAGGACAGGGGGAGAGAGAGGGGCUGUUUCUCUGAGGCCAUGUAAGAUCUCCGGCUCCUCAUCCAGACUCAUCCAGAAACAAAUCCAUUCGAUCGUAACAACAAGUUAUUGGCUCCAGAAGAUGUUUAGAAUCUAAGUGUGUGUGUGGAGUCGAUCGUUCAUGAAGAAUCCAGCGCUGGAAGAAUCUGGAUCCAAAUAAAGUGCGUCCUUCAUGGACACAAACCAAGUCCAGAGGAAGACACCGGGACAGACCGAGCCCUGAGGACACCUCCGGUCCGUGUUCAUGUCAGGUGGAGGUGAAGUCUCACUGACGGAGCUCCAGCCUUCAUCCAGCUAACACAGCUUCACUUUCUGACCCGCGCGUAAUUGCGCAGCGGCGGAGGCAUGAGCGGGGGUCGCUUCGAGUUCGACGACGGUGGAGCUUACUGCGGAGGCUGGGAGGGGGGCAAGGCCCACGGCCACGGCAUCUGCACCGGACCCAAGGGCCAGGGCGAGUUCUCCGGCUCCUGGAACUACGGCUUCGAGGUGGUGGGGGUCUACACCUGGCCCAGCGGGAACACCUACGAGGGCUACUGGUCGCAGGGGAAGCGUCAUGGUCUGGGGGUGGAAUCCAAAGGACACUGGAUUUACAAAGGGGAAUGGACUCAUGGCUUCAAGGGGAGAUAUGGCGUCCGGCUCAGUGUGGGCAGCGGAGCCAAGUAUGAGGGGACGUGGAAUAACGGACUUCAGGAUGGAUACGGAACAGAAACAUAUGCUGACGGAGGUACUUUCCAGGGUCAGUUCACCGGUGGGAUGCGGCACGGCUAUGGUGUUCGUCAGAGCGUCCCCUACGGGAUGGCGGCAGUGGUCCGCUCCCCGCUCCGCACGUCUUUGACCUCCCUGCGCAGCGAGCACAGCAACGGCACCGUCCUGCAGCAAGACAUCCCCCUCAUCACCACCACCAAUGCCUCAGGUGAGGAGAUGCAAGUCGCCACCCCCACCCACCUGGGACCGUCCCGCGGGGGCUUCGCCCUCACGCUCCAGGUGGACCCCGAGGCCAUGAAACCCAAGAAGAAGGGUCUGUUUCGCAGGGGCUCUCUGCUCGGCAAGCUGAGGAAGUCCGACUCCAGCACCUCGCUCUCCAGCCAGAAGAGCAAGCUCAGCUUCCUGAGGACAGAAUCCGCCCUGAGCUCCAACGCCAGCGACACCAACUCCACCAUCAGCAUCGGGGACGAGAGCCUGGCCGGGGCCGAGGAUUUCCCCCCCGUGGAGGCCGACAUCGACGCCACCACCACAGAGGUCUACAUGGGCGAGUGGAAGAACGACAAGCGCUCGGGAUACGGAAUAAGCGAAAGGUCCAGCGGGCUGAAGUACGAGGGCGAGUGGAUGAACAACCAGAGACACGGCUACGGGAGCACCACCUUCGCAGAGGGAGGGAAGGAGGAGGGCAAGUACAUGAACAACAUGCUGGUGAAAGCCGUGAAGAAGAGGGUGAUCCAGCUGAAGGGAACCAAGAUCAAGCAGAAGGUGGAGCGAGCGGUGGAGGGAGCUCAGAGGGCGGCGGCCAUCGGCAAGCAGAAGGCCGAGAUCGCUGCUUCCAGGACGACCCACGCGAAGGCCAAGUCGGACGGAGCUGAACAAUCGUCUCAAGCGUCCAACAGCGAGUCCAGCAUCGCCCGGCUGGUCGCCAAGGAGCUCUCCCCCUCCUUCUACCAACCAGGUCCUGAGUAUCUGAAGAAGAGGAUGUUCCAGGAGGUGGUGGAGGGCAGCGAGACCACAGACAUUGUCAUGCAUGAGCCGCUGUUGUCUGAGGAGGAGCCCCCGCCGACCCCGCCCGAGAGCCCCCUCAUGAAUGAACUGGACAGCCUCAGGCCUGGCUCUUCUCCAGGCCGCACGCCCUCCCCCAGCCUGGGCAUCAUCAGCAAGGAAGACCCUAAACUCCUCAGUCCAGGGAGCUGGAAUGAAGACAGAACCAGUAAAGGUGGUGGCAGCAGAGGAAGCAGUAAACCCAACAGCCGGCCCAGCAGUCGCCCCACCACCCCUUCAAACCCUGCUCCAGCUGCCCCUGAAGGAGGAGGGGGGCCCAGCAGCCGCGGCCCCUCUCGGACCCCCAGCCGUCAGAGCAGCAAGAACGAGCAGGGCUCCGACCUGGAGAUCAAGCCCCUGCAGAAGUUUGAGUCAGAGUCCAAAGCUCCGGACGCGUCUCCCGUGGCCCCAGUAAGGAAUAGCCUCAUCUCCCACUAUGAUGAAGAAGAAGCUCCGCGCCCCUCUGCCAAGGCGCCCAAAGCUGUCACCCCCGAGCCCGAACCCGCAGAGAUCCAACCUGAGAGAGCGCCACCAGUCCCAGAGCCAGCGCCCAUCGUCUCCGAGAACAAGGUGGAGUCCAGGGAGGUGAGCAGGCCGUCCAGCAAAGCAGAGACGAAGCCGGUACCGAAACGACAACCAAGCCCAGCUCCGGUACCGAAACGGCAACCCAGCCCAGCUCCGGUACCGAAACGGCAACCCAGUCCAGCUCCCUCCCCGAAACCUGCACCCACCCCUGAACCUAAAGUACUACCAAAGCAGGUGGAAGCCGUCGUUGCCAAACCGGCUCCGAAGGUGGAACCCAAAGUGGAAAGUCGACUGAAGCCCAUUGUGUCCAACCCGUGUGAGGAGGCGACUGCAGAGUCUCUGGAGCUGGAGGGCCCGAACACCAUCAUGAUCUGCAUGGUGAUCCUGCUCAACAUCGGCCUGGCCAUUCUCUUCGUACACAUUUUGUCAUGAGAUGUUUUCCUCCGACUCAGGUCGCCUGCGGUGUUGGAGAGAGAUGGCGUCCCUCCUCUUCAGAAAGGAGCAGAGAUGGAAAAAGGCUACUGACGGGAGAAGGAGGAAGAUGAAGAGGAAGAGGAGGAAGAGGAGGAGGAGGAGCAGAGCCCCAUGCAGGCGGCCACCGCUCUGCUCAAGGUUUUUCUCGGUGUGACUGUGUGAGGCUCUUUCCUCUUUCCAGAGCUGAGAGGAAGUGAAGGACAUUGACUGACAAGAUUCAUCUGGAUCUGGAGGUGUGUG